CUCAUCUCAUAUCAUCCCGGUUUCACUAUUUUAUUUUGAUUUUCUACGUCUCUGUACAUAGAACUCCUCACUCUGUAAACUAAAGACCCUUGUAAACCAUCAAAUGCAAACUGCAUCCAAAUCUCUACGCGUUAAUACCAUACCCAUCAACCCCUAUAUACUUUUGACUCACAUUUUCCCCUUCACAACAGCAACAACAAGAACAACACAUCACAAAACCUUGACCAAAUUCACAAUCCCUUCACUCAUCAAAAACUUUGCAAUCACUCAAGACCUACUAAAUGGCCAAAAAACCCAUGCCAUUACUCUCCAAAUGGGCCUCCAAUCUGACCCAUUCAUUGCCAGCUCCCUCAUCAGCCUCUACUUCAAAUGCCACUCCCCUCUUGAUGCCCACCAAGUGUUUGCUCAAUUGCAACAUAGAGAUUCCACCAUAUGGAACUCCAUGCUCAACGGGUACUUUCAGUGUAGCCGACCGCACAAAGCUCUCUUCUUGCUCCGUGAAAUGCAAUUAUCGGGCUUUAAGCCCGAUGGGCAUUCGCUAACGAUUCUUCUAAAGGCCACUAGUGACGGGCAUUUGAGUCUAGAUCAUGGAAAACAAGCUCAUGCUUCUGGUGUUACAAACGGGCUGGAAGUUGACCCAUAUUUGGUUACAGCAUUGAUUGAUAUGUACUCGAAAUGUGGAGAUACUGUGAGAGCUUUCAAAGUGUUUAACGGUUCUUUUGACAAGAGUAUUUCAAUGUGGAAUGCAAUGAUUGUUGGCUUUUACCGACAUAAUAUGUGGGAGAGAAGCUUGGAGUUGUUUGCUCAAAUGAGAUUUGAGCAUUUUGUGGUAGAAUCAGCAACUGUGUCGAGUGUUCUAAUGGCUUGUUUGAUUGGUGAGGCUGCUGAUUUUGGUCAACGGGUUCAUUGUUGUGUUGUGAAGAUGGGCUUGGAGUUGCAUCCUUACGUUUCUAGUUCUUUAGUAGUGAUGUACGGGAAAUUAGGAUUCGUUGAUGAUGCUGAAAGGGUCUUUUAUGGCAUCACGUACAAAAGAAUUGAGCUUUGGAAUGCAAUUGCCUCAGUGUAUACUAGUAGAGGUCUUGUGUAUAAAGCUUUAGAUGUUUAUAACCAAAUGAGAUUAAAUGGGAUCCUACCUGACUCCAUUACGGUAACCAACAUGCUCUCUGCUAGCAGCUUAACUGGUUUCUGGGAACUUGGGAGAAGAAUCCAUGGAGAUUUGAUAAAAAGACCUGUUUUUUUAAACAUGGCUGUUGUCCAAAGUUCUUUGAUAACUAUGUAUAUGAAGAGUGGUACUUUAGAAAGUGCUACUGCACUUUUUGCUUCAACUAAGGAUAGGGAUCUUGUAACUUGGGGUUCUAUGAUUGUGGGCUGUUGUCAAAAUCAGAAUUUUGAUCAAGCCCUGGAUUUAUUCAAUCAAAUGAGGGCUGAAGAGUUGUCACUAGAUGCAACAAUCAUCGCAAGCACGGUAGCAGCCUGCACUGGUUUGGAAUUCUUAGAACUUGGGUGCCAGAUUCAUUGUCAUGCGAUCAAAAUUGGCACGAAUGACGACCAAUUAGUUGGUAGUGCUCUUAUAGACAUGUAUUCAAAAUUAGGGUUACCGCAAUUGGCAGGCAGAACCUUCUCUUUCUUGCCUUAUAAGAAUCUUGUAGUUUUGAAUUCGAUGGUCUCAGGUUACAGUCGAAAUGGCCUUCUCGAUGAAACUGUCAGCACUUUCUCUGAAAUAACAGGGCUUGGUCUAGUUCCUGAUCAAAUAUCUGUAACCAGUGUACUUGCUUCAGUUUCCUCAUUUGCAGCCCUAGAGAAAGGGAAAAUGAUUCAUGGUUACCAAGUAAGGAAUGGGAUACUAUGUGAUAACCUCGUCGAAAAUGCUCUUCUUGAUAUGUACAUGAAGUGUGGAUGCUUGAAUUAUGCACAAAUUAUCUUUGAAAAGAUGCAGAUUAGGAACAUCAUUUCUUGGAAUACAAUGAUUUCAGGUUACGGGUCUCACGGUCACUGUACAAAGGCAAUUGAAUUGUUCGAAGAAAUGGAGAAGUCAGAGAUACUGCCGGAUGAUACUACUUUCCUCUCCUUACUAUCAUCUUGUAGCCAUUCAGGCUCAAUAGAAGAAGGGCACAAAAUCUUCGAAUCGAUGAACGUGCGCUAUAGAAUUGUUCCUAAAAUGGAACAUUAUGCGAAUAUGGUGGACUUAUUGGCUCGUGCAGGGAAGUUGAAUGAAGCCUAUUCUUUCACUCUUAGAAUCCCCACGGAGCCUGAUGAAAGUAUUUGGCUUUGUUUGUUAAGCGCGUGCAGAAAUUAUCGAUGUUUGGAAAUUGGAGAAGUUGUAGCUGAUAAAUUGCUCAAGUUGAAGCCGAAAGAGAGUGGCAGCUACCUGCAAGUUCUGAAAUUUUACGGCGAGAUGGGGUUCAAGGAUGAGGCUGCGAGAGUGAGGAUGGAAAUGAAGAGAGAAGGGACGACGAAGAAUCCAGGAUGCAGUUGGAUUGAAACGAAGAAUAAGGUUGAAGUGUUUCAUUCGGGUGAUUCGAGUUCUAUGCUUACUGAACACAUCCAUUUUGUGUUGAGAGGUCUUAAGAGAAUCAUGACAGAGGUUGAGGAGUUCUUAUGACAAUUGUUUGAAUCAAGGAGGGAUUUUUAUGGACUAAGCAUCAUUCUUAAGUUGGACAAUUUUUCAAGAUGAGUCUCUGAGAACAAUGAAUGAGAAGAGUAACUGGAUGUCAAUUCAAGAAAUUGCCAUUGUUCGUCAUUAUCAUCUUCAACAAGGAGACAGGUGAGUUAACUCUGAUACAAUUUGCCUUCAGAUUUUUUGAUUUAGACCCAUGUUUGAUCCCUUGUGUAUGUAUUUAUCUUAGGCUAAUGGAGCCAUUUUUUUUAAAUUUAUCAUGCUAAAUUCA